AUGGUACGUUUCGCUGCCGCGGGACAGGGCGCCUUCGUUUCGACGGCAGUCGUGAACAACGGGGUACGAUCUCUCGCUGGAUCUGAACGCUGGAACGCGUCAUUGAGUAGUGACUGUGGCGUCGUCGGGAGCUGUCAUAGAAUAAGGGCACUAUCGGUCCAAACAGGUGUGGCUAGUAUUCGCAGCGCACUCAAUUUCGCGUCGUCUCGGUCGGGAAAAAGCAACCGAAACGCCUUCGUUGCUGCCCCGAAAAGCAAACAACCGUGGUGCCUCGCGCCCCGCCAGUGCCGGGACACUACAGCGCGCCGUCUGCUCUGCAGCUUUGACGGUUACAAUGCCGUCAUGAUCGUGCCGACCGGAACCGCUGCUAGGAUCGGUGGCUUUGCCGGUGACGCGUUACCCGCCUGUCGACUACUCGCGGGCGUCUGCGAUACGCUCGUGACCCAUCCAAACGUACUGAACGGAGCCAUGCUCUACUGGGCGGUUCCGAAUGCGCUCUACGUUGAAGGAUACGCCCUGGAUAGGUUCUGUGAAGGCCUCUGGGGGCUCAUGCCGCAGCGCGGUACUGCGAAUCGGAUUGGCGUCGUGUUUGAUAGAGCGGUGCCGUCGACGCUCCUAGAGCGCCACCUCCAGGUCUGUGACGCCGCUCGGGCUACCUUGGGUAUUCAGGUAACCGCCUAUACCGUCACGCGGGAACCCGUAAGGUUCCGAUGCGGCCUGCACGACGAUGGAUCCAGCUAUGGCGUGGUGGACGCUCCCGGGACGCUCAUUGAAGCGGCGGCGAGCUUACUCGAACCGCCCCACAACUGCGAUGCGCUGGCAAUUAUCUGCUACUUUCCCCCAGAUAUGAUCGCGAACGCAGGAGAAAUGCUCGAACGAUAUCGUCAAGGGAAGGGGGUGGAUCCCAUUGCUGGCGCGGAGGCUGCACUGUCGCGUACGGUUACGACGGCGUUGAAAGUACCCUGCGCUCAUGCGCCGGCGCUAAACGAGUUGCAUUUCAGCGCCGAGCGUUGCAACCCCAAGGCCGCAGCAGAGGAACUCGGCCAUACCUUCCUGCCCUGCGUACUUGCUGGUUUAGCACGUGCGCCUCGCCUCAUUUUGAAAGAUGAAGUAGAGCGCGAAAAGAGCACAUAUGCACUCUGGAUAGAUGAGGUAGCGGCAUUGGUGACGCCCAGCAAUGCUUUAAGCAGUCCCGCAGUGCAGGCAACGCUUCAACGCGGCAAGCUUGUCGUUGCAGUCAAAGAGAACACGACCUGCCUGAAUGGGUCUCCCUGGGACUUUCCCGUGAACGUCCUAGAGGUACGCGAUGAUGGAGCUUUGACUCGCCACCAGCGCGUGGCCUCAGAUGAGGCGCCAUGGGUUCUCUGGGUUCGCAGCUAUGCAGAAGCCGCUGGGUAUCUUGUUGCGCAUCGCGAAGGGAUUCUCUUUGACGCCAUAACGCCUGCGGUCCCUGGAAUUCGGGAAGCUUUACCGAAAUCUUUCAUGAGAACUGUACAGCCUACUCGCGUGGACCGCGUGCGAGCAUAA